ACAACAACAACAACAACAACAACAACACAAAGCAAAACUUGCGCAAAACCAAGCAACCAAACAAGCAAGAAGCCAGCAGGAGGCAACCGAACGUCGAGAUGGCACAGCGACAGCUGCGGAAGCUGACGAGUGACUUUGACGAGCACUCAAAGGGUGUGGAGGAACGGCUGCGACAGCGCCGGUUGGAGCGGGAGCGCAGGCUCAAGCAGCAGCGCGCCCAGAUGCAACAGCUGGAUGCCAAAGCAUCUGCCGUCCUGAGCUCCACCAGUGCCACAACAAGCCGCACUGCCACGGGAACCACUCCGUCCACCUCGUAUCGGUCCUCCUACACGUCGACGACGUCAUUGUACUCAUCGCCCAGAGCCACCUACUCGUCUUCGCGAACAUACACGCCAGCGAGCACACGCCUCGGCCGCCCUCAACCAACAGGCACCUCCACGCCUAGUAGCACCAGCACCACCAGCAGCAGGCGUGGGUACCCUGGUGAUGACGGCAUUGGCACACCGCCAGCCCGCUUGGUGGGGCGCACAUCUGCGUCAUCGUCGUCGUCAUCACUCACGUCGGCGCCCCGCGCCCCCGUCCUGGCCGAGGUCCGCCCGUCCUCCCGCGAGGCGUCCAGCUCACGCCGCCGGAAGUCCUCGUCCUCGUCAUCCGCCGAGCACACGCCGCACUACCUCACGCCAACGCAGGCCAGCCUGCGGCGUGCCAACCGCAGCCCAACGGCCUCCGCGUCCAGCUCCACCACAUCCAUCACCGUCCCGGCCAGUGCAACGACGCCUGUUCGCGCGUCCCGCACAAGCAGCGCCACGAACCUGCGCAAACCUGGCAGUGGCAGCGGCAGUGGCAGCAACAGGAGCAGCACACGCGACAGCCGGAGCGGCAGUGGCACUGCGAGCGGCAACAACAGCGGUCGGACAACACCGCGUGCCACUGCCGCUGCUGCCACGCCGCCUGCAGGUUCGAACGAGCACAGCCGGCCCUCGUCGUCAUCGUCAUCUGUGGAGGGUGCCGAGGCGUGCUGCCGACGACUGGCAUCCAUCACCGCUGAUCUUGAACGCCGACAUGGCAUGCGCACCAAGCAACUUGGCAACAUCCUCAAGGACGUGUUUGAGGAGACGGGUGUGCAGUCGCCGCGACGGGCAACACCUGGUACGCGCCUGCAUCGCAGCAGCAACACGGCCGUCAGCUCACCGCCACCACCGCCGGUGUUUGAUGAGCACGUCGCUGCUGAUACGGACAGCGAUGGUGCUGGCAGCAGUGCAAACAGCAGCAACCGCCCAUCUGCCCUCUCCUCCAGACAAGGGUCGCUCACAGACAAACAGCAGAAGAAGGUCACGUUUGCUGAGCGCCUUGUGGAGGAAAACGUCUUUGCCAUCCCUUCGCCAAACCAAUCGCCAAACACGUCGCGCGUGGCACCUAAGCCGCCGAAAGCGUCUGAUGCCGAGGACUUGGAUGCGCUGCUCGCUGGAGAGAAUCUCACCGAUGCAGAAACGUCCGUGCUCCUUGCUGAGCUGGACAUUGAAGAGGAAGUCAUUUCCACAUCUCCACGCGCCAAGACCGGUGAUGACGACGACGAGUGCAAGUUGACAGCAGCUGACACGAACGAUGUGUCUGCGUCAACAUCAUCAUCAGCAUCAGCCGCGUCGCGUGGUGUUGUGAGCGGCGUGCGCACACCCGCGGCUGAACAGCGUGAUCUUCGCAAUGUUCUCUCCAGUGCACGCAAGCAGCAGCAUCAGCAGCAGCCAGAGCGUGAAUUGGACGCCAGAGAGGAAGGAGGCGAUGACUGGCGGGCGGAGGUGGAGCAACGAGCGCGCAACAAGCAGCAGCAGCAGCAGCAGGCACAGAAGGAGCUGUCCACGGCUGUGUCGCACAUUGAGGACCGAGACGAGCGGCGUCGGGCGAAGCGAAACCUGCGGCGCCAGCAGCAGAAACAGGCACUCGAUAUGCAGACAGCAAAGGCCGAGCAGAGCCGCCAACGCCUUCGCGACAACGUGGAUCAACCUUCCUCCCUUGCCAAGCCUGUUUCCGCAGCGACGCCAGCUGCCACCAAGAAGCCUGCCGCGGCGGCGGCAGCCGCAUCACGCCAGCCGGCACGUGCUGGCCCAACCAAGCGCAGCCAUAAUGAUGAUGACGAUGAUGACAUGUGGGCAGAGGCACAGGCAGAGCUCACUGCAGACCCAGACAUGGACCUAAGCGACAUUCUGGACCACACAUCGGCCGCUGAGUCUGCCAUCACCACCACCACCGCCACCAGGCCAUCAGCCACCAGCGGUGGUGCCAAGUCUCCGCAGAUCAGCGGCUACGACGACGUGUGCCGUGACGCCAACAUGCUCGACCACAGCGCCCAGCGCGCUCGCAUCGAGCUGGCGCAGCAGCGCAACGUCCGCUCUCGCAGCAACACCGUCGGCUCUCCACGCACCGCCCGACAAAACGCAGGUCACCGCCACCACCACCAGCACCACCAGCACGAGCACCGGCAGCAGAAGACGGAUGUGUCGGCACGAGCAGGCCCUGGUCGCCACAUCACAGUGUCUGGUACAGACGCAAAGAAGGAGUUUGCAGGCCACUCGCUCGCGUACAUGAUGAACCAGCAGGCGAUGCACGGGCGCGAUGAACUGCGCACAACAGGUGCCCGUCUCACGCCCACAGGUCAGCCCGAACUGAACCGCACGCACUUCCAACGCCAGCCGUCGCUCUAUCGCGUGUGCGGACGCGUGCGCGCGUGCAUGCAGCGGUUGCCCCUGCACUUUUCCUCGCUCUCGCAGCGUGAGUGCUUUGUGCUGGACGCCGUGGGCACGCUCUACGUGUGGGAGGGGCAGACGAGCAAGCGCGUGACGCGGGCGUUUGCACACUCCAUUGCCAUUGACAUCAGCGACGAGGAGUAUGGCACGCGCGCAUCCAUCCACAAGGUGCAUGGCGACUCGCCAGCGGACCACCACCUGCAAGCACUGCAACGCGUGCUGGAGGGCGACGUGGAGCACAUUGGCACCGGCACCAACACUGACACCCACACCCGCACUGGGACUGAAGCUGCGACGACCAGCAGCGAUGCUGACGACGGCGGCGAUGCAGCUGCGCUGGCGUACAUGCGCGGGUGUCAGCUGUAUGAUGUUGUGGGCUCACCUGUCAUGCUGUCGUCUGGACGGGAGAUGAGCCGCCUGCAACUGGUGUCGGCCAAGGCGUUUGCUGUCGUGUGCCCGGACGAAGUGUACCUCUGGCUUGGCUCCCGGUUCGACAAGAGCCUGCACGCACCGGCGCAGAGCAUGGUGGACACGCUCCGUGGCGACCGCCCGGUCUUUGUUGAGCGCGAGGGGCUCGAGUCCAUCAUCUUCAGGCACAAGUUUGCACACUGGGCAGACGUGCACAAGGAGUACUUUUCCGCAGACGAUGACGACGACCAUACUGGGGCAGGCAUCAGCAACAACAAGCCCGCCAACGCCAGCAGCAAUAACACGAGCAACGUACCGCGCUUCGCAAGUGUUCAGAUGCCGCUGCGUGACACCGGUGGUCGUGGCCACGGUGAUUCCCACAUUGGCCACUUCGGCGAGGAAGCGCAGCACGCCCUUGAGUCAGAGCGCACGCAUUCCGAGGCUGUCUUGGGUGGGAAGCACGCGCCAACAUCUUCAUCAUCAUCACACCGCCGCCACCACGAUGACGAUGACGACGACGACAACAACAACAACACUCUUCGCGACAGGCAUGCGCGCUCUGCUGUCUCCGCGUCGGCGAGUGCUGGCACAGUGUCCUCCAAUACGCGACGUGCCUCGUCAACAUCCUCCACGCCAGGGCGGUCGUUCCCAAGCCGAGCUGAGCGCACGCACUUCUACACGUAUGACCAGCUCACGGCCAUGCAGCGGCUGGGGCGGAUGCCCGAAGACGUGGACCCUACGGCGCCGGAGCAAGCCCUCACCCGCCGAGACUUUCUCGAGUGCUUUGGAAUGACACCAGAGGACUUUGCAUACCUGCCGCGUUGGAGCCGCAUGCAGCAGAGCAAGCGCGUGUUCUUGCAGAGCGACGCUUGAGACAGACAACGGGUGGGAAGAAUGGGCGAGGGAAAAGGGGAAGGAAGAGGGGUUGAUGGGGGUGGAUGGGGUGGGUGAGGCUGGUGAGAAAUGUACGCUUGAGCGGCAGCCACCACGCACGCCAACAACAGCAACAGCACUGAUGGCGUGUCGGUUGGUUGCGUUGAGAAUCGGAGAAUUGGGGGAGACUUGAUGCUUUGCUUGUCUGCGCUUUCUUGUGCCUGUGCGUUUUCUGUGCCUGCGUUUUGCUUGCAGACAGUGGAUUGCUGAAUUUGACUCUUGUGGUGGAGUAGAUGGUGCUUUGUCACACAACAGGGCAGCUUUCUUGUCAUGUCGUUGUUGUACCAUGCCAUGCCAUGUCGUUUCGUGGGGCAUGAGUGAAAGCUGAAGGCUGAC